AUGCAUAAUCAGAAAGGCCCGUCGAAGCCUUCGCCAAGGCCUUGGCUCAGACCUUCCAACGAAGAGAAAUGGGCUGAAUACAGAAAUUCCGGUCAACUCAAAGCUGGAGACUUUGUACCAUCUCCGUCGCACCAGUCAAGCCCCGAUGCGAGACAGAGGAUAGCAGAGCUCGAAAAUGACGCACCUUCCCCAAACAAAUCUAGCGCUAAAAAGUCAAGCAAGAUCAGUUCUCCUCCGACAGUGAACUCGUCGAGCAGAACCACCAUAAUCAAGUUUGAUGUGGAUGAGCCUCCACUUGCGAUCGAGGGCAACAAUUCAGGUCCUGAGGCCACGAAAAAGCAUGAAGAGGAAUUGGAGAAAGAGAGGAAACUCAAAGAGCAAGCUAUCGCUGAACUGCAAGUUGCUCGUGAGCUGGCAGCCAAGGCGAUGAAGAUGGCUGAACAAGCGAGUGAUGCAUCGUCGCCAAGUGACACACGAUUGAUCGAGAACAAUCGAAAACUGCAGUCGUCUCUGCAAAAGAUGUUCAAGGGCUGGCAGCAAAUCUGUUCAAAGAUUCUUACCAAGGCCGCCGAGUUCCACUAUUCGUGGAAGGAGGCGGAAGCUGAGAUGGACAAGAUUCUCAAGGCGUGCGAGAGUCCACGGAAGGACAGCAGUGUCAUCAAGAGAUCGUUCGAGAGGCUGAGGAUGCUCAACGAGAGGAGUAUGGAGAAGAUUCAGGUGGACGACAAUGAGCUCGCCGGGCUAGUGAACGGUCUUCAGCGAUGGGAUGAGACUGCUCGGGGCCUGUUAUGA